GUGAGUGCACGGAGCAGCCAUUCCUCCGCAUCCCUGAACCCACAAAGUGAUUGGAGUCCCCUCCAUCGUCGGAGCGACACAAACAGAUCCACGGACCCCCAAACUAUGUGAAAAGCAGCCUGAAAGCUAGAGGUCCACACAGUCCCAGAAGCAUCCACUGCAUUGCCCCCCAAACUUUUUUGCAGGUACCUAAAACGCACACUUUGCAAAAAGCAGACAACCCUCAGCCAUCGGCCGGGACAGCCCCCCGAAUAUUAUCCGAGGGGCGAAGGUCCUCGAAACCCGAAAGGCAGUCUACAAGCUGAAGCAAGUGCCACCGCGACCAGAGGAUUCCCACCUGCACCUGCCCCAAAGUAGCCAUUGUGGGCAGGAUGGGUUUACUGGUCCUGCUGCUGCUGCUGACUCUGGGCAACCCACAGGCCGCGUGCGACUGCGUGUCCUGGUGCUUCUCCUGCCACCUGCACUUCAGGGACCCAAACGCCAAUUUCAACCCCCUGGUUUGUUCCUUGCAGUGUGAAGGGUCUCUUCUGCCCCAUACAGACUGGGACAGAUGCGUGAUGCUCCUAUCCCUUCAAGAAGGUCUUGUCCAAGAAGACAAAAGGGAACAAGAGCGCGUCCCCACUGAGUUGGACCUCCAUGAAACUCCAGUGAAGCGCUACGGGGGAUUUUUGAAGAAACCCGACAAAAAUAAAUUUUUCUUUACCUCCCCAAAACGGCAAAACAGGGACAUCAAGGGCCAGGGCAACAAGGAAUAUGGUGGCCUCCUGCAACAUCUUGUGGAGCUUCGGGCUGACAAAGAGCCGGAGGCGGAAAGCCAGGGUGGCGAGGAGCCCAACAAACAGAACCAGGCGUGGGCUGGGAGGGAGGAGAGGAAGCGGUAUGGGGGCUUCCUACGCAAAUACCCAAAGAGGAGUAUCGAGAACCUGCGGGGGGAGGAGCUGGGAAGGGGGCCGGGGACAGAGAAGAGGGUGGUGCUUGAGGAAGCUCUAGCGCAGGGGGUGGAGUCUCAAAAGGGAAGUGAUGCUGAUUACGGAGUGGCGGAUCUCCACAAGCGCUAUGGAGGGUUCAUGCGCAGGAUCCGUCCCAAACUAAAGUGGGACAAUCAGAAGCGGUACGGGGGCUUCCUCCGGCGCCAGUUUAAGGUGAAUACAAGGUCAGAGGAGGAGCCUGGCAUCUUUUCGGGGGAAUUAUCUGACCUAUAAGAGAAGACAGUGCCGGGAGGAGGCAAGGGGAGGAGGAGAGCAAGGCCGAGAUUCCCGGACCCUGUACCUGUUGCUCCCGCUCAGCGGCCAAUUUGGGGCAUAUCUGGGGUUAUGUAUAAAGGCAAUUCUGGUGCGAAGCGGUACAAAUGGUGCAGUCGCCAUGGCAACCAAUGGAACGUCUCUGCUUCCACAAUUAUCACCAGAAUUUCCCUUCAUGCAGAACCCCCCCCUGCCCCUGGCUCCAGCUUGCCUCCUCUCCCCCCGCCGCUCCCGUUCCCCUCCGAUGCAUGGAGCUGUACAGCCGUUCUUUUUUUUGCCUUUGUAUAAAUGUUACUUGAAUGCAAGACGCCGUCCCUUCUCCCUCGACCCGUCCGGGUAUUUAAAACGAUGGUGAAAUCCUCUAUUGUUUAGUUUCUGUAAAAAAAAAAGUUGCUAAAUAACCUGCACCUGCCGACGGCGCAUCUCGACACACCAGCGGCGCACCUCGACAUCCCGGCAGCGCAUCUCGACGGCACAUCUGGACACACCAACAAAGCAUCUCAACACACCGACAGGCGCACCUUGAUACACCGACGUCGCACCUCGACACACCAAACGGAGCACCUCGACAUCCCGACGGCACACCUCGACAUUCCCAUGGCACCAGACCUGUCUUGCUUGUUGUUAAUAUGUGAAUAAAGAAACUGAUUUCUGCUCUAAAUAAACCCGUUUUGUGUCCAUGAA